CGGAGAGAAAAGGGAGCGAGAGUCCGCUCGCUCGAAAGACCCCUGGCCAGAGCCAGAACCAGGACCGGGGGAGCGGCCCGGAGAGAAAACGGAGCGAAGGUCCGAUCUCUCGAAAGACCCCUGGCCAGAGCCAGGACCGGGGGAGCGGCCCGGAGAGAAAGAGCAGCGAGGUUCCCAUCUCCAGAAAGGCUCGGCGCCUGAGCCAGAGCCAGGACCAAGGGUGCAGCCCGGAGAGAAAGAGCAGCAAGGCUCCCAUCUCCAGAAAGGCUCGGCGCCUGAGCCAGAGCAAAGGGCUAGGCCAGGAGAGAAAGAGGAGCGAGGACAGUCCGGACCCGGAGCGUGGCCCAGAGAGAAAGGGGAGCAAGAGUCGGAGCUCCAGAAAGACUCAGGGCAGGGGUCGUAGCUCGGAGGGAGGUGCGGGCGAGGAGCCACACAAGGACAAGAAUAAGGCCAGAAGCCGGCUGAUGAGCAGGGCCAGGGCGAAGAGAAAGGGGCGUGGCGAGGAGCCCUGUGAGGACGGCGACUGUGAGGGCCGAGCUAAGUCCGCAGAGCGGCGCAGGGGUGCGGAGAACAGGAAGGGCUUGGGCAAGGCAAGAAACAAGAGGAGAGACCUGUUGAAGUGUUCUAGCUCCAUGGUGCGCUGGCCAGCCAUGCUCCCUGUCAGCCCUGUGUUGCCGAGAAAACCACAGCUAUGGGCGUUCUGGGCCCUGCUGCUGGUGGCCCGGCUGUCGCCGACACCGUGGGCGCUGGACCACCACCGCUGCAGCUGGCUGGCGGUCCUGAACAAGUUCGAGAGGGUGGGCUCGCACUUCUCCCAGGACCGCUUUCUGGACCAGGAGCCCAUGGACACGGUGGCCAAGGUGUUCGAGAAGUUGUCGGACUCGCCAGUCGACACCCAGGAGAAAUACUUGGGCUUUCCUUACUACCUGCAAAUCAACUUCUCCUGUACGGGACAGGACAGCAAGGAGCUGGCUCGAAAGGGCCACCUGAUGGGGAUGAGGCCUGUGGUCCUGAUCAGCUACAGGUACCCAGUCAAUUUCUACCGGUGGAAGAUCGAGAAUCUGCAAGUGCAGAUGGAGGCUGCUCCGCUGCGCAGCACAGAACACUGCGCAGCAGAGGCUAUGUGCAUCCUGAACUGGUACACACCCAUGCCCAUCAAGAAUGGCAGUGUGGUCAUGAGCGUGGACAUCAGCAGCAAUGGCAUAGGGCCCUUCAUUCCCCGGAAAAGGUUCUACAUGAACAUGAAUGGCUUCUUGAAAAAAGAUGCAGACGAGAGAGUGAUCUACACCAUUGGCUACGAGAGCAUUGUUAUGAAGAGUAAUAACUUUAAGAAAUCGAAAUCAAGGCCCCUGUGGUACACGGUAAACCACGCCCCUGUGCUCAUCCUGGGAGGCAUUGAAGGGGAAAAGGCCCUUCUGAUUACAGACACUAAUUUCCAGGAUGCCUCUCUCGUAGAGCUGAGCAUCGACAGUUGCUGGGUUGGCUCCUACUACUGCCCCAUGCUUAGCUUCUCAGCCACCAUCUUUGAUGCCAUUUCCACCGAGAGCACACUCUUCAUUCGGCAGAACCAGCUCGUCUACUAUUUCACAGGCCGCUACUCCACACUCUUCGACACCAGCCACAGCAGCAGCAGGUGGGUGCGUGUCCUUCCUACCGAGUGCAUCAAGAAACUGUGCCCAGUGUUUGUCAAUGGCAAUGGCUCGGAGUACGUGCUGGCCCUCAACACUGGCAUCCACGAGGGUUACAUUCACAUCGGGACCAUCACAGAUGGUCUCGUGUCCUUCCGGAUGGUGCCCACUGGCUGGUCAGUCUGUGAUCAGUUACCAGGUACAAACUGCACCAUUGACUGGGCCACGUACAUCGCCGAUGAGAAGAACCUGCUGCUGCUGCUGGAGAUCCUGAAUGAGAACUUGGAUAAGGUCUUUUACCUGCUCAGCUUUAAUCUAGACACGGAGGCGCUGGAUAUCCUGUACAUCCUGCCACAGUAUGUUCCACAAGCUAGUGGCGACUUCUUGGUGCUCCUUGGGACGGAGACCUACACCAACACUCCUAUGAUCCCCGAGGGCUUGUUCUUCAACACAUUCAACAACAUGCUGUACAUCUGGGGAAACUUCAUCCUGCAAAGCUACAAUAGGAUACACUUCAUUUAUCUGGCGGACUUCCCCAAGGAAUACACCAUCAAAUACAUGGUCAACUCUUACCAUGGAGAGAUGGUUUUUGUCACAGAUAAAGAGGAGAUCUGGUACUUUCUGGAGGGUGGCUAUGAUGUGUACCGUCUGGUCCCAUCCAGUGGCUGGAACACUUAUGUUUUCCUGCACAAGAUGGAACAGUCUUCCCUCUUUGGGGACCGAGAGUAUUUGGUCAGCGUCUUCUAUGAGGAUGGGCAGCUCUACCAGCUGAUCUAUCUUACCAAGGCUGGCCGUAGUCGUUUGGUCAAGAGGCCUUUGCACGUGGCAAAGUUGCUGCUGUAUCAAAAUCGCAGACCCCAGACAUUUGAGAUGCAAGGGAAGUACAAGAAGCUGUCCUUCACCAACCUCUGCCCUUUCAAGGUGAUGCGUCUCCGUGACCUGCCUGAAAAACAACACUUUGCACGCCAGGAGCUCUACCAUGCUCCACCACCUCUGGUCUCUCAGACUUUGGGCUUCCACAACAACAAGACACUCGCUGUCUACCAAGGCCUUGUCUAUUACCUGCUGUGGCUGCAUUCCAAGUAUGACAAGCCCUAUGCAGACCCUGUGCACGAUCCCACCUGGCGCUGGUGGCAACACAAGAAACAGUACAAGGAUUACUACUUUUACCUGUCCAGCAACUGGCUGGCAGCGGAAGGCGUGUACAUCGACAUGAGCAGCUACCAAAAGCUCUACAACAUCUCGAACGACCACGGAUUGCCCGAAAUUGUCUUCCUGGACAAGGGCACCUCGUUUAGCUUCACUGUCUUCCUGUCGUCACAAGAGGAUACCUUAAUGUCCGCAGCCACCCUCGGCACUACCUUCCAGGUGGAGAAAAAGCUGGCAGUGGCCGUGGUUGUGGCAGAUCCUGAUUGCCUUAAGGCAACUGUGAAACAGGAGGUCCUUCUUAAUCGAAAAGCAGUGCUCUAUAAGAUUAAAAUUGAGGACAGAAAGGUCUGCUAUGAUCAGGGCCUCAGUGGGCACAACCUCAAGAAGACUUCCAUGAUGAUCAAAGUGUUGGGCUCUGCUGGCAAAUGUUUCCAGACCACAUUCCUUGGGACAAGCAUGCAAGGUAACCUGAUGGUGCCAGUGUUAAUCGGCUGUCCCCCUGGCAAGCGCCUGGCCUUCGAUGUCACCUACACGAUUCUGCAUUCCCGGGAGAUAAACAAACACUAUUUUGACUGUGUGAAGUCGAACCCGGAGAUGCCCUGCUUUCUCUUCCGUGACUUGUUCCAGCCCUUCUUCUUAGUCCAAGACAUGGUGACGGGAGACUCUGGCAGUUUCCUGGGCAGCUACCUGCUGAAGGUGGUGGGCGGUGGCCGCACACUUGACACCAUCAGAGACUACACAGAAGAAGAAAUCUUCCGUUAUAACAGCCCGCUGGACAACUCAGAAAGCCUCAUCUGGAGAACAAAGGUCGAAAGGACCACCUGGGAUAAGAAGUUCUACAUAAUGUCCUAUCUGAGCCCUGGAAUCGAGUUUAUGGGGUUCUGGGUUGCCAACCCCGGAUUUGGUGCAGAACAGGCAAGCAUUCUACCAACUGAGCUACAUCCCCAGUACCCUACCCUGUUAUGUUUUGUUUUAUGCAGCUUCUCACCAUGUAGCCCUGCCUGGUCUCCAAAUCAUGCUUGUCCUACUCUGCCUUCUGAACUGUGGGGAUUAUAGAUAAGUUCUUUGUGUAAGCCCCUUCCCCCCAUUCCUCUGGCUCCUUGUUCUUGCCUCUGAGGCUUUCUGAUAGUUACAUUAACAGUAUUGUGUUUCCAAAGGAGGACUGUCCUUUGUGUAGAGAGGCUGUCCUGGAGUCCAGAAUCUCUUCCUCGGCCUUCAGGCUUUGGCUCACAUUCUCCUUCCUGCAGAAGAGCUUAGCCACAUCCUUUCUUUCAAGUUGGGCAGUCUCUUCCUCUGGACUCCCACAUGCCUUUCCCACCCUGAGCCUGUGCUUGCUCCUCCUCAUCCUUCCUGACCUGCCUGCAUAUGUCCUUACGUUUUCUCCUUCCUGACUAGUCUACACUGUCCGUGUCUCCUGGAGAGCCUGUCUCCAUUAUGGCACAAUUCUCAAAUAGACACGAUAGAACAUUUUUUUGGUGGUGGCAGCUGUGCACACCUUUGAUCCCAGCACUGGGGAGACAGAGGCAGGUGGAUCUUUGAGUUCAAGACCAGCCUUGUUUACACAGCAAGUUCCCAGGACAGUCAAAGCUGUACAGGGAAAAACCCUGUCUUGGAAAAACAAAAACUUAAUGCAUGGUCAGCAUCCAUUGACAGUUAAGUGGAGAUGUUAAUGAAUAAAACUGCAGAGACGCUCACGAGUA